AUGGGGGUUGCCCAUCUGUUUCAUCUGCUGAGCUUGCUCAGUGGGUCAGGCCCAGGUUGUGGUCGCAAUAUGGUCUCUCCGGACCGGCCUGACGGACCUCAGAGGGGUCUCCUUCGUGGAAAGAUAGGAUCUCUAGAAAAUGGGCGGGGUGGGGCCCAUUUCACAAAAUUCUUUCUCUCCUUCUUCAUUCUUUUUCCAACUUUGAAGAUCCUUUUCUCUAUUAUCUUCAACGCUUUCCUUCGUCCAACCGAUCAUCAAAAGACUAACUUUGAACGGCAUACUGGUUUAUUCUCAUUGUCAGAUUUUCAGUAUGUUUAAUUCUAUAUGAGAUUUUUCUAAAGGCUAAUUAGAACUAGAAAAACGUAGCUUACGACUAAUAGGUGGCUUGUGAUUGUGAAUCUUUAAGAUUAAUAUUUCCGUAGAUGGCGAUACUGUUAAGGAAAUGAUAAGAUAAAGUCUCUUGUAAAACUUUUUGUUUUACCGACCGAGGCCCUAAUAAACCACGGCAUAUCUGGUAAAAGGUUUAAUCUACUUUCAGUCGAUGUCUUCACUUCGGUUUCUUCCUUAUCGACAACUGAGAAGUAGAUUACAUAGCGGUGUAGUCUAUGUUGGAAAUAUACGUACCUGUAAUUUGAGCCAUAGUCCUUCUGGUAUGCUUACCGCAGAUGGCACCACUGUCAAGAAACUUGAAAUUCAAAAAUUCAGUGGCCUCUCGGACCGAAACAAACCUCGUUAAAAUGAUUAUUCCACUCAACAAUACGCACAUGAAAAUGUUUCGGUCUGUCGCCUGGCUACGAGCACUGUUUAUUCGAUUCAGUUUGGAAAAGCCGAACGCCUCAUGAAGGCGUCUCAAAAAAUUCAAGUAACACACCAACAACACUAAGAUGUUUUCCCGAGCCGCAAAAUCCGUCGUUAAAUCUCUUGGACAGCGAAAAUAUCAUGUCGGCGAAAAUACUCUCAAGACGACGGUCGUAAAAGCUGCCGGAGGAAUCGGACAAAAUAUUUCGCAGCUUCUGAAAGAAACUACAAGAUUGAAUCAGCUAAGCGUUUACGAUGUCGCCAGGACCAGUUUACCAGGAACACCGUCAAAAAUAUCCUCGAUAAAGUCAAAGGAUCAAAUUUUACAAUCACAGAACAACCAAAGUCCUUCCUCGCUUUCCACGCAAAAGUUAUUGCCUUCAGGAUUGGCAGUGGUUCCAGUUAACAAUCGGAAGAGCGAAUCUCUCCCUUCGGUCGUAACCAUGAACCAAGAAAGUCUGAUGUCCUACUUUACGACUUGUGAACUGGAAACAGAUAGGGCGAUACCGAAACUCGACCCACUAAGUUCAGAAAUGGCUGCUGAGAUAACGAGUGAAGGGAUCACUGGGAAUUCGAGUAUUCGACAAUUCACAAAUUCCCCAUCAUUGCCAACGAUUGGAUCCAGUGGACUAGUGGAGGGUCUGGCGAAAUAUAAAAAUUUGAAAAAUUCACUGAACGCCACGAAUUCUUCUAUGGGAAAUUGGAAAGAGAAUGAAAAGCUGGUCGUGGCCGAUUCCCAAUAUUCCGAAAAGACUCCAAGAACGGUCCUGAUGCAGGAGCCUGGUGAUAGAGUGCGUAACGAUGACUAUUUCCCACUGGGCGAGGAGUACGAGGACGAGAUCGGUACCGACGAUCACGGCCUGUCGCGUGGAAAUCGGUCAGGCAGAUCGCAAGACCGAAAGAUGGAGGAGGACUACGACAACAUGAUCCCGAUCAGCCUGAGCGACAAGAGAGGACUGGAGAGUGGGAGAGAGAAAUCCGUGCUGUUCGUAAGGACCAAUCCCUGGACAGGUACCAUCCUGGAUAAGGACAUCACGGAGAAGGACACCUGGGAGAGGCUGCAGACGCUUAUCGAUAAGGCAGUGCAGAGCAGCAAGGGUCUGAGACUUGGUGAACCAGACUGCGGAGAAGGUCGACCCGAGAGGCCAAAAAGGGGACCCUGCCAUCCGCCCGAUGGUCCAUGCACUCCACUACCGCCACCUGGUUACCCGUGCAAACCCAGACCAGAGAAGAAGCCCUUCUGCGUGAAGUGCCCGCCGAAGAAACCAUGCAACCCGAGAACAUGCCAGUCAGAGACAGAGGGUACGUGGACUGGAGGGGACGUGGAGGGAUCUGUAUUGAAAUUGUAUUGUAAACCGCAGGCAGCGCCUGAGGCGGUCGGACCUAGAACAUGCGGACAGAUCUUAGGAUCGUACGGGACAGCUUCCGGUGAGAGACCAGAAUUUCGAAUUUGGAAGGUGGAUGGUCUUUGCUGCGGUGGUGAAAAGCCUUGGGGACUUCUGGCGACGAGGAACAAAAGAGGGUGGCUCUUUUCGGUACAACGUGGGUACGCAAGUCGAUGGGGAGGUAGAGGGAAAGGAUCAUCUUCCGGAAAAUGUCCUCCAGGUUCAUCAAAACCACCACCGACCGUGGCCCCGGCGCCGUGUCCCGAAGUCGCGAAGAAGAGAAAGAAGGUACAGUGUCACGAAGAGAAAAAGCAGAGUCCUUGUAGACCGGGUCCUAAGCCAUGCCCGCCACCUCCAAAGUGCGUACCGCCACCUCCACCAUGCUGCCGACCAAGACCGCCGAAUCCAAAAUGUCCAUGCGGACCACCUCCACCCUGUCCUCCUCCUUGUCCCUGUCCAUGUCCUCCUAAGCCAGUCGCGCCACCUCCACCUAAAAUAUGCUACAUGAAAUGUCCACCUCCGCCUAAAUUGCCAAGAUUGCCAAAAUGCAUAGCACCUCCACCGCCACCGAAGCCACCACCACUGCCCAAACUACCAAAGCGACCCAAGUGUCCACCUCCUUGCCCACCUCCAUGCCCACCACCUCUGCCGAAGUGUCCGAAAUGUCCACCUAUGCCGCCGCCAUGCCCGCCGUGUCCGCCGCCGCCACCCUGCGAACCAUGCCCGUGCCCACCACCAUGCCCACCUCCAUGCUGUCCACCUCCGCCACCAUGCCCACCUUGUCCACCUCAGAAGGAAUGUCCCACGCCUCUUCCGUGUCCUCCACCACCACCACCUCCCGUAUGCCCGCCGUGUCCGCCUUGUCCACCGUGCCCGAAACCCAAACCCUGUCCGCCAACACCUCCAUGCUGUCCAUGCCCAUGCCCACCUCCACCACCUCCGUGUCCUUGUCCACCGCCGUGUCCUCCACCUCCAGCAGCACAACAGCCAUCGGAAUGCCCGAAGCACGUUAAGUCGUGUCCACCGUCUGGCAAAAAGGCAACCAAGUCCCGGAAGAAUGACAAGACCAACAAGCGCAAAAUGUCGACCUACCAACGUCCUACCGAUUCGCUAAACAAUUCCCUGAAGGAAAUCCAAAUUGGCAAACCCGGAGAGCAAUCAGCAAUGAAAAAACACACGAGACACUUCAAAACAGCCUGUUUCUCUUUAUUUUCGUCGUCCGGAGACUGUAAGACAACUGACGAGAUUUGUGCCGAAAAAAAAAAGAAAUCGUGUCCUACGGAAACCUGUAGUAACGCACAGUCACAGGGAGGAUGUUACCCGGAAAAGGAGGUGUGCCCGAAGAAAAAAAGUAAAAAGAAAGACAGAUGCCUCGAAGCACUAAAAAAGUGUCCCGGUUGUUUGCCGGUUGGAAAGUGCGUACAGCCACCUCAAGCGCAAGUAGAGAAAAUAACGUACGAGCCGCCGAUCUGUCCACCUCCAAAAUUUGCACCGCCCACCCCCUGUCCACCCUUGACCGAUAUCAACAAAAUGGACGUUUGCACCGAGCACGUUAACCAAAAACCGGUUUGUCCGCCACCUCCGCCAAUGCCAAAACCACCUUGCGCACCCGUCAUGCUCUGUCCGUGUCCACCUCCACCGAAACUCCCGCCAGGACCAUGCCCGUGUUCGAUAUCUCUAACGGAAAGGGAACCACUGCCACCUUCUACGCCAUGUCCUGCAAAGCCGAAAUAUCCCUGCCCAGAGAAAAAUAUUCAAUGUGAUCUCGACAACGUGAAUAUGAUCUGCAACAAGAAAUCCAAGAAGUCCCGCAGGAAGGACAGGAAGAGUAAAAGCAAAUCGCAAUAAUAAUAUAAAAAAAAUUGUCAUGGCCCAUGGCUCGGGAAAACCAACCAUAGCAAUACAGAAAAUUCAAGGCUUCCUCGUGAUAAAUAAAUGCAACUCAGAGUAUUUUAAUUUUUUGCAAAA